CUGAGUACUUCUUCUAUGAUUUCCUUUUCUGUGAUUCAGCCCAACUUCACUGCAUUUAGUUUGGGCUAGUCCUUAGCUACUUGUCCCGCAAAUGACAUAGGAUAUGCAUACUCGAUGCGCCCUUUCUGUAGAUUAGAGAAAUUGUCACGCUUAAAAUGGAUAAAAAAUAUAGUAAAUUCAUGGACUAUUUACUUAGGGCGCAUUGUUUAUUUUGUAAAUGGUUCAGUUUCUGCUAUCAUAGCUUUAAAAUAUACAACAGAUUAUUUUCUCCUCGAUAUUGUGCUAAUUUCUCUAUAUAAGCCCUAUUGCAUAGAUUCUUCUCUGUUUAAAAACAACUAAUAUUGUUUGGUUAGCAAGUAAAUCUCAGAAAGACAUUCAAAGGCGGUGAACCAAUGAAGGUAAGAUAUAUACACAAAAUAUUUUGCAAAAGGUUUCUAAAAACAUUUUGUAAUGUUUCUAGUUAUUGACACAUGUUCAAAUUUUUUUGCAAAUUUUCUAUAUGCAAUAUAUAGUAUAUAUGACAUUUAUAUGUUAUCCUUCAUUUCAGCUCGUUAUUGAUCUAAAUGCAGUAGAGCCACAUGUUUCUAAGAGGCCACGUAGAUCUUGCCAGAAGAUUCCAUUUCUAAGUGUGCUCCAGAACCAACAUUUUACCUUUGUGCCUUUAAAUUGCUUUGAAAGUAGCAUGGCAGUUUUAAUAAAAAGUCGAUACCCUGCAUUUCAACAAUAGAUAAGGCUUUGACUGGUCUUCGUUUAAAAGAAAAUAGUGAGGGCUUGAUGGAAAUAGGUUCACAGUAUUACGAUAUUGAGAGUCUUAAGCAAUGCCGAGAAUUAUUUGAAAGUAUGAAAACAUGUAAUGAAAUUACGCUAGAGAAUGAUUGGCUUGCCAAUGUAUCUGCACAUACUGAUAGACCCUUUGGUGUAGAGAACAUUGAUCCAACACUAGCAGUCCAUCUUAUAUCUAACAUUCAAGACCAUUCAGACCUGUCGCAAAUAGCCAGCUACGUUUAAAAAGACUUGUUGGUAAGAGAGGGCCUGAUGGAGAAAUUAUGGUGGAAAUUUUUUGAGUUAUCAAUUCCAGCAGGACAUGCAUAUUGCAGCUAUGGUACCAAACAGUACUAAAAUAACAUAUUGUAAAACUGGUAAGCCUGUGUUAGGGUGGGGGAUUAUUUAAGGGUGCAAGUUUAUUGAAUAUUUUUACGUUAGAGGAUUUACAGUUUUGCACAUUUCCAUUCUGCACAGUGGAAAGAAAAACAGCUAUACGUUCUAGGCUAGGGGCUAGGCAAAAAUAAUAUAUAGUGACAGAGACAUAGAUGAUGACAUCUUUGUUUUUAUUUUAUCUACCAUUGGGUGAUUUUACGCACUGACUAAUGGUUUUGCUUACAAAACAACAAUAUAUUGUACAAUUUAUAAUUAACAUAAAAUACUACUCAGAAAAUCAAAGAUUUAUAAAAGAGUCUCUAAAUGCUAUCUUCAGAUAAAUAUGUCCGAAGAUCUUAGUCUGUUCUCUCUUCAAAUGCAAAGUAAUCAAAAUGAUUGGGUUCCUCUUCAAGUUCGUCUACCACAUCUGAAUCAUAAAUGCGAGAAAGGUUACUCUCUUGGAUAGAUGUUGUGGCGUUGGUACUCAAAAAUGAGUUCACUAGGUUCUUCGCUCAACCCCCUUCAUCUGCUGAAAUCUUUCCAUUAUACAAGAUCAGGCUUUCCAAAACUGACAAUUUGCCUUUAAAGAGACUUUUAGCUUCCCUAGUGUAGUUGCUUCUUCAAAGUCCUGAUUGCCUUUAUAUUGCCUUGGCAAUUUUCAUUUUCUCCCCAAUUAGAUGCUGCAUUAUGCAGGCCAUGUCCUGCUUGAACAACUCUACGGCCAUGUCCUGCAUAACAUCGAGUUUUACAUUCUUCCGUUUGACUUCUGAUGGAAUGUCUCCACUGUCAAAGCUUGAAAGGUCUUGGUAUAAGGCACUUUGGAUAUCCAAUGGAUCUUUGUAAUCAAUUUUACGUGUUGUAUCUGGCACAAGGUUCAUCUUCACUGCAGGUCUAGAGUUAAAUAUGCGUAUGGUUUGCUUGAUAUUGCUAACUUUAGUGUCUAUACUUUUGAAAGCAUUUUUGCAAUUUUUAGACCAGCUACAAUACCAAAAGGAAAAACAAUAUUAAUAAAAAAACAAAAUAGGAAAAUUGAAUUCAAAGGGGAUUCAAAGUACAGAAAUAACAGUUCAUUGUUGUAAUGCCGGUUCCAUCAGGUCAUACAGAUUCUUCUGGCAAAACAAUUUUAACCAUAGCUUUGGCUUGAAACGUUUCUUUCCUAUCAGGUGAUGAUGUAUUAUAACAUUUCUAUUCUAAGUAAACGUACUUGCAUAUUUCUUCUUCAAGGACAGGAGGAACCAUCGAUCGAAGGACAUGACCCGCAGCUUCUCUAAUGCCUCUUGCUGUUCUUCACUUUCAAUUAACAACCAUAAUAUUUUAUGUUUUCCUGGUCAAUUGUCCAUCAAUGGUGAACAUUGUUAUUCUCUUCAAACCUUUUCAAUUGUCCUUCUACUCUGAAAUUCCGAACAAAUAACAGAUAAUGUCAGUUAACUUACAAGUGUAUGGUGGCCCAUGGCUAUCAAAGCAAAUAAUAAUUUUUUUUACAAAUUUGAUUGCAUACUAUCAUUGCUAUCAACUAUCAGUGAAGUACUCCAUGUAAAUUACCAGAAAGCACUGUAUUGUUGAUGAGCCUAAUAUCACAACUGACUGUGCAAUUACUUGUGCAUCUACUGUCCACAGCUUGGAUUACUGAGACAUACUACUGUAUGAAUCUACAUUUAUUGGCAUUCAUGGCUCAGUCAAGAGAAAGUGCGUGUGAACUUGGAAACUGGUGGGAUGACGAAAACCUCAAAAAAGACUUGAGACGUUAUGUUGGCUCCAACAUGAAACGAGUAGAAAUACUCGAUUUUGUAAAGAGGGACUAUUUCAGGUCCAGCUGGAGUAUACCAACUCUUGAUCGAAGGCUACGAUAUUUUGGUAUUCGUUAUGUGAACAGAGCUAUUCCAUUGCUAGAGGUUAUAGAUGCAGUGCGGGCAGAAUUAGAUGGUGGAGGACAAAAGCUUGGAUAUCGAAGUAUGAAUCUGAAGUUAAGAAAUGAACAUGGCAUUUUUGUACCCAGGAAACUUGUGAGUGAUAUUAUGUGGGAUCUUGACCCUGAAGGAGUUGAAGCAAGGAAACUUCGGAAAAAUAAAAAGGGUAUGAAAAGACCUUUCAUAUGUGAUGGGCCCAAUCAGCUCUUCUCAUUGGAUGGGCACGACAAAAUGAUGGGGUUCCAGAACAGUACCUUCCCACUUGCCAUAUAUGGCUGCCUGGAUACAUUUUCCAGAAAGAUCAUAUUUCUCAAUGUUUGGACUGGGAACCCCCUUGUGAUAGGAAAGUUCUUUAUGGUGUAUCUAAAUAAAGCCAAAAUCAUUCCAAAUUAUAUACGCAUUGAUAAGGGGACUGAAACUGGUGUGAUGGCUGCUAUGCAUACAUAUCUCAGGAGUAAAACUGGAGAUUUGGAAGAUCCAACUGAAAGUGUUAUCUAUGGCCUUGGCUAUCUGUCUGUAAAUGGGAUUCAGGAAAACAAAUAGUUGUUUUCAAAAUCAAGAAAAUGUUGAUUUUUUCUGAUAAGUUUGUCGUGCAUUUUUUUGUUACUAUUUCCUUGUAAUCAAUGAAAAAACCUCUGAUAACAUAACAGCCAAGGCCAAAUAACAAUUUCAAAAUGAAACAAAAAACUGGCAUCUACCAGAAAAGCAAUAUCAACAAUUAUUUCAAAACAUAAUGAGGAGGGUACUCCAUAUGAUUUUCAAAUCACAAUCUUGUUGAAUGUCCAGUGGAUAUUUUGCCUAAAAGAAACAAUUUUUGUGCGGCCCCUAACAUAGCCAAUGAAAGCAACUUGUAACAAACAAAAUGUCAAUAGUAGUCAAUGUUAAGCUUCCAUGUAUUGCAACAUCUUAUCAAAAAAGGAUUACAAAUAACCAGCUUUUUAUGAAAUUACACUGCUAGAUAAUUGAUCCAAAUUAAGAAGUUUGCAAUACAAAUUGCAUACAUGAUGCAAUGAAAAGUUUUCAAAUGCAUGGUCCUGACGAUUUCCUGCACAGAAUAACUUUUCAGCAUCAUUAAUUGAAUCAGCAAGUGAAGAUGUUGCAAUCUCUGGAUCACAGAGCUUAUAUCCAACUCCUUGCAAGUCAAGAAGUAGUAGUUUUCCUUCACUAUCAGCAAGUGAAAAGUGGCAUACUGCUUCUGCUUUUUGAUGUAUAUCCUUGUUUUCAAUAUUUCCUGCAAUUGGCUCUCCAUUGUUGUUGACAUACUUGACAAAGGUUCCAGCUAGGAAUGGUUCCACUGUUACAGGCACGUCCUCCAUCAUUGAAAAAUAUAUCUCAUCAUAACUAAAGAUAGAUCCAAAUAGUUCCUUUUCUUCAAUCUUUUUUUCCAAGCGAUUCAAAAUCCCCUUAGCAGCCAUAUGCAUCUGCACCUGCUUUCUUGUGUGUUCAACAAUUGUGGUGUCCCCAAGUAGUGGUUUGAUGUUUUCCCAUGUUUCUGCUUGGAACUUUUUUACAACCCAAGUCCCUUUAAAACCCCUUUGUUACUGACUGCUUUGAAAGCAUUUCGAAAGCCUCCUGCUGCAAAAUGUUUCCUUUCUAUUUGAAAAUUGAUUGGAUCAUUUUUCAGCCAUACCUUUUCGAUGAUGCUAAAAGAUUCCAGUUGCAGUGUAACAUCAUCACAAACUUCUGGUUGGAUAAGCUUUCCAGCACCAAGAAGAUCUGCUAUUGUUACAGAUUUAGGGACAGUAACCUUCAUUGGCUCAGCACUUGAUGUUGCUGAUGAAAUUCCACUGUCAUUCUUAGGUUUGGAAAAUGCACUUCUAGAUGGCAAACUGAAAGGCAUGAUGCUUGAGUGGCUGAAAUUUUUAUUGAACUCAGGGCUGAAUUCAUAAUUUUGACGUUGAUUAGUAGGCCUGUCCAGCUUUCGAACUCCAUUUCCUGAUGUCAUAAACCGCACUAGAUAAAACUUUUUCCCGGUUACAUGCUCAUCUAAGGUGCAAGAAGGACCUCUGUCGCUAUACAGGACAUCGCAAGAGCCUAUAGGAGCACCAUAAAAUGACUCACAUGCAUGCUUAAUGUUUUUCAAUGUCAAUGAAUCAUAAUGGGUGAAGUCUACAAAGUCCCUUGAAUCCAGUGGCUCAAAUUUUUUCAAUUUACCAGUUGGCUGCGAGUUAACUCUCUGCACAACAAUACAUUCAAUGCCCUUCUUUGGCUUCUUGCCUUUGCCGUGCCCUGCGUUGUCUGUUUGACCGAUUCGUUUAGCUUUUACUUUUGCCAUGAAGUUAUUGUAUGCAUCUCUUCCAUCCGCCAUGUUUGCAUGAACACAAGUUUCCGUCUGAUAAUUUACAUGGAGUACUUCACUGAUAGUUGAUAGCCAUGGGCCACGUCGUAAAAAAAUAAAAAUAUAUAGAAUUUUUAUUUUUUGAAAUAUUUUUUUCAAUUCGAAACUAUUCUUUUUAUUUUUUAUUGAAUUAAAUUUUAUUUCAUAAAAGAAAUAAAAUUUUAUUAAAUGAUUUAAAAAAGUUGAAUAGAAAAUUUUUUCAACAUUUAAAUUUAUUUAUUUUUAUAAUUUUGUAAAAUUAAAUUUUAUUUCAUUAAACUUUUAAUUAAUUUUUUAUUGGAUUAUUCUAAAAAUGAUGAUAGUAUGCAAUCAAAUUUGUAAAAAAUUUUAUUUUUCGCGUUGAUAGCCAUGGGCCACCAUACAAGUGUUAUUGAGCAAAAAAGGUAAUCAUUAAGUGGAUCUGUGAAUCUCUUUAGCACCUGAGCAUAUUUAGCAUUUUCUAAGAGUACGCAAGAUAUGCACCACUAGUAUUGUUGCAUCCUGUGGAUGCUUGAGUCAAGCUGAAUAUCUCCAAAUCUGACACCACCAGAAAAACCUUUCUAAUAACUUAGGGUUUCUUGGAUGAUUUUCAAAAAUAACCCAAAAAAUUCAACAUUAGCAAAAUGUGCGGAAAUAUUGAUAUACGUUUUCAGAAAAAAUCUGGGUUCAGUUAAAUAAUAUUGGUUUGCCUAUUUUUUACUUGUUCAUUCUAACUAUCAAGGGGUCACUGAUUCCAGGUUCCUGUGUCCUGUUGGGUUAUUCUGUUCCAGUUUGCAUUAGAUUUAUCCAAUGGUUUGAAUGGACAUUAAUAUAGAUGGUAUCACAACACAGCAGCCUAAGUGUGAUCUCAUUCAUUUAAUUUUGAAUAUUUUGUUCUCUGCAGAAAUUUAAAAAAAUUAAUCUUCUCUGAUUAAAUGCUAUAGAUAUCACAAGAGAUUGGAUAUCACAGGUGUUGAGAAACCUUAGCAACCUCUAAAACUGAUCAAUUUAUGCCAAACUGAACAAAAUUAACCGGUCUUUGCAUCAAGCUUUUACACUAAGAAAAAGGAUAGCAAAAACAUUUUUUUAUUAUAUCAUCAAAAAGGAAGUAAUAAGAUCCUUUUUUCCCUUCAUAUAGGAAUUUUUUGCAUGAUAUGCUAGUCAAUUUAAUUCUUGAAGGAAACUUGAUAAAGAAAGAAGAGAAAGCAGUGCUACUUCCAAGAAGCUUUAGCAGACCUUGAUGAAUAUCCAGGUGUUUCCAGGAAAAAGACUCAAUUUUUUCUUUUUAUGAACAAAAGAAGGAUUGUUCUACUGGAAAAUAAAUAACAAAGCCCCGUAAAUCAUACCAGAAAACAGGAAAAAGUCAUGGUGUGAAGGCUUUUUUCUUGAGUGACAAGAGUGGAGGAAAUAGUUUUCUCUUCAAGGGGGUUUGUGAAGGGUUUUUUGAUAUAAUAUAGCUAGUAAACUUAAGAUAUGCUUCUCCACCACAAUGCUGUUUCUUAUUAUCUGGAACAGAUUGGUAAUUUACUGAAUGGAAUAAUUUCCAAUUGGGAGAAGCAAGUGUAUGUUCACAAAUCACCACUGCCGCCAACACAGGAGAGAAUGAUUUUGAUUCUGAGCAAUUAGAUGUUGAAGAUGCAAGACCUGUUCCAAUUAAAAUGGCCUGCUUCCUGUCCAAGUUGCCAAAAUGGAACCAGCGUGACUCGCCAAUAUGUUGAUGCUGUUGGUUCAACGGUUAUUUAUGCACAGUGCAUAUAUAAUGGGAAGGCCAAGAAAGUCAAAACCAAAAAAUUAUCUUUUGUGAGAAAAGGAAGUGUGGUCCUGGUCAUUCCAUCACCGGAUGAUUCAAAAGAUAAAUUUUAUCUAUUUGUUUGUGGUAAAAAAGCCAAAACAAACAACAUUAUAAAGGGAAAGUGGCUUGUAAAAAGUGGCGACAGGGACUUUGUCAAAUCGCGUGACGAGGCAUCUGUGCUUGAAAGCAAUGUUUAUGUUAAAGACGGUCAGAGGCUGGUCCUGCGCGAAGAAGACUUCGAAAUCAACGAAGCAGGUUUUUAUCGUUUAAUGAUUGCAACAGCACGAAUGAUUGAGGCUUUGCAUGAGGACCUGAAAGAACUGCAAUAAACGUGGAGAACUUACUACCUCUUCAAGGAAGGAAGAUUGGUCGUCUUACUUUUCUUGAAGGCUUUUUGGUUUCUUUUUUACUUAUUAGCAAGUAACCAUACUUUAUAUAUAUAUAUAUAUAUAAUAUAUAUACUCAAUCUGCAGACAGUUCUGCUUCGCUCUUUGUGGGCUCAUCAGUGCAGCACAGAGCUUGUCUGAGACACAACCCGAGCUACGACUUGAUUUAUUACCUGAUUGGUCUAGAUGGAAAAAACUACCAAUACAUUGACAAACAGCCAAUACAGGAAAAUAUUGUCUGAUCCUUUAAAAAAAGAUUUGCUCUUAACUGAAAACCAGUAAUAAUAAAAAGUAACAAUGACAACCAACAUAUUGGAUGUUUUGUACAGAAAUUAUUUUGUUUGAAUAGUCAGCAGAUGAUCUAUAAAUUUUCAAAAUUGAAAAUAUUUGGAAAACUUCACUGCAUCCUUCAGCAAUCAAAACCAGAGUAUAAAUUGCUUAGCCUGGUCUUAUCUUUACCCUUUUUUCGAUUUCACCAUUUGAAUAGUGGUGCUAUCAUCAAAAACUUUUGGUUUCUUACGUGACCGAGAAGCCAUGCCAGAUCCAUGAGAUCGAAUAGGUCAACAUUGGCUAGGCCUUCUGGUCAUCAACCUCUUCAGCAGUGUAAUGCGCAUCAAAAAAAAUGCUAACACCUGGUUUCAAAUAAUUUGUAAUGACAAACAAGGUGUUACCAAUGAUUAAUCUGAACUUGGGAACAUGAUCUUCAAAAGGUGUACAUUCCACAAGGUCUGGGUCCAUGAUUAGUCAAAUGAUUAGUGUGGAUUAGUGAUUAGAGGAGGUACGGGUGGAAGUGAUAGUGAGGGCAAUGACGACGAACAAACCUCUCAAAAACGAACAUUGCCAAGAAUUUUCCACAGGUGAGUUACGCCCUAUCAAAUUGUUUUUAUGAGUUUUAUAUCUGCCAAGGUGGUGUUCUAUCUAAGAUGAUGUUAAAUCUCAAAUUUAAGGCUUUCCUACAAUAGUUUCGUCUUCUGGCCAGCAAACCUUCCCAAAAAACAUGCACUUCACCCACCACUGUGGUACUGGUAUAUAUGAACAUCAAAGGCACGAUUCGAUUUUUAUUUCUGUGGUGAUGUGGAGGGGGCUCCAGCCCCUUUUUUUAACUCAGGGACAAUUCGAUAUAAGCUUUGCUUAGGGAAUUCUUUACUUGGCAAAGUAAGCCUUGAUUAUGUUAUUUAUUUCCUCGAAUGAACAGUUUCUAUCAGCCUUAUGGAGUCAUUCAAUGCUUUAAUGAUUUCAUAUAUGCAAUAAAAAAUCUUUCACAUAAAUGUAUGUAUAUUGGGUCUGGCUUUUAGAAGUUCCCUACAGCACUGCCCCUCCCUAAUUUUUUUUGGAUGGUGUCCCUGAAUGAAAGGGACAGUUAAUUUUUGUUGACUGUCUCAAUUUUGCAACUGAAAAGACAGCCUAAAAGUCAGAAACUGACAUCAGAAUGAAUCAAUUUUUUAUAUAUUAAAUAUAGAUUUCAAAGUAACCCAGAAAGAAAAAAGGAUAUUGGUAGCAAAUAUUCAUCGUGAGAACUGGGUUCCAAGUGGCAGUUCACAGGUCUGUUCUGAUCAUUUAACGGAAGACAUGAUGGGCAGAACAGGCCAAAUUGUCAGAUUAAAAGAAGGAGCAGCUACAACAAGAUCCAAGACGUUUUCUGUCCAUCUAAAAAGGUAAAUGAUCUGAUCAAUCACAUUAACAGAUUCAAAUACAUUUUGAAACAGAUAAAGUUUUAAAACAAAAACAAAUGUAUAAAAAACCUUUCUGUAUGAAAAAACAUCCUCAAAAAAUUCCCUUUGCCUUACAUUUUAAUGCUCUUAUAUUCCUAAUUUGUUGUGCUUCUCUUCUCUAUUUUUUAUAAAAGCAAGGUCCUUUAAUGCUAAAAUCUUCCAGAACUUGUUUGUUUUCUAGUACUACAAGUUUAUUUGCUCUCUUUAUUAAUAUAAGAGCUGAACAGGAGUUUUGUGUAAUGAUAAAGCUGUAUAAUGUGGAUACAAACUAACUUUCUUUAAGAGACCUUUUGCUAUCAAGCAAAUUGUGUAGGUUGUAGUAAUUGUUUUAAAAAUUUGCAAUCAUGAUUUUGCUUAUAAAAUGCUAGCAUAAAUUUUCUGUCGGUAUAGAUACGAAAGUGCUUACAGAUGUAUAUCUAAAAAUAUUGACUUUUAUUGUUUCUUCCAAUAAUUUUAUAGGAAGCAAAAAACGUAAGCAACCUAAAGACAGACAGCCAGUCCUGUCAGCAAGCAACACCACCAGCACACCUGUACCUCCUCUUAUCUGUUGAUCAUAUCGAGGUUAAUCAGUCAAUAAAUCCCAUAUAAAUCAGAAAGUCCAUGUACUCAGGGGACUGAAAAAUGGUUCUUUAUAAUAGACUCCCCUAAGUCUGAAUAAUCCUCAAUACAAGCAACUUCGAAAUUCUGACUUCAGUUUUGCAGGUCAGUAAAGCAGCAAUGGCGGUGCCUACGAAAUUCACUGUGGAGCAGUUAGACCUAAUGGAAAAAGCCUUUAUGGAUGGAUUGUGCUCAACUAAUAUGACGUUGCAUGCUGGAAGAUGUGAGUGCCUUUCGUUUGAAACGAAAAUAGAGAUUCCAAAGCUCAAGAUUUGGAUCAACAACCGUAAGAGGAAAAGUGGUUUUGUCUCGUCUUCUGACCCUUCACUUUCGACCUCACCAGGAUCAACUGUGGCGAGGUACGAAGGUAGUGGCAAAAGUUUAAAGAGAGCGCCUUGCAAUAGGAGGAUCAGUGCCUGGAACCUUUUUCUGAGCAGAACAUUCAAAGGAGGUAAGUCAGUUAGCCUUUUAUAUAAACCUACGAGAAGAUGUCCUUGCUCUCUACCAGCACAUAGUUAGUUGUGCACUGAACUAAGUUAAUUUAAAGAUGUGAUGAUGAGCUAUGUCAGUGCCUGCAAUGCUGUCAUGUAAAUAACUAUGGUGUAGAGUUCUAUCACGUAAAUAACUAGGUGACAACUGACCUACCCCUGUAGAAAAGCUGGUAUUCACAAAGCAUUUUUUUAAACAAAUAUGAGUGAGAUAGUGAAAGCAUACAAACUAAAAUAUGGUAUAUCAGUAUCAAUUUAUACUUGAUAAAAAAGAAAAUCAUAUUAUUCUGUUAUGACAUGCAUAUUCAAACAAUUAUCAUAUUCAAACUGCUGUUCAAAAAUCAAUUUUCUCAUGAGACUAAUUUAGUGAAUUUUGGCCAACUAAAUUCUGAUACCUAAAAUCCUUCCUGAAGGUCGAUUUCCUCCCACAUUUGGAAUAACAGGAAUCUUUUUGCUAACUUCUGGCAGUCCCUCUUCAAAUUUUCUGUUUUACUGCCUCACUAUAGGGUUUUUAUCAAUUGUGAUGUAUUGUAUAUAUGAGGAGAUCUCUUCAAGGCUGUUUCUCUCUGUUCGACAAUUCAGUUACAGAAAGACACUCAAAGUUUCUAGCUAAAACCUAAAUUCACUAGCAUAUAUGUUUUUUAGAUGAUAAUCCUCCUUCCAUUGCACCAUGUGUCAAGAGUGUGCUUUUCAAAUUUAGCAAAAUUUCAUCAAUCCUCUUUAAGUCGUAGUCCAACUUCAUGUUUAGUUUAUAGCAAGUAUAACAACAGCCAGUUUUAUAGCAAAUUUAAGUCCUCGAAAAAGCCCGAGUGGCUUAUUUUGCAAAAAGUAAUUUUGAGUUGGGGGCUUAUUGAAAAGAAGUGUGGGGGUGUGGGGGCUUAUUUGGCAGCAGUUUAGUCAGUAUGCUGAAAAAUGCAAAUUUAUUUUGAUAAACCUAUUGCUGCCGAGGUAUGUCUUAACCAAUGGGGGCUUAUUAAAGGGUGGGGGCAUAUUACACAAAAGUACCUUCAGGUGUGGACUUAUUUAAGGCUCAACCAUUACAGCAGCGUCGUUCUCUCGAACUUUCAUAGAUGAGCCUUAUUUGCAUAGAAGUGUGUGCCUUAGGAAAAUGGCAGUUUCCGGUAGUAAGGAUGCAAAAUCAACUGUGAAACUCACAAAUUGACCUGUGUAAAGUAAUGGAAAUACAAUUUGUUCAUAUUUUUGGCCCAUUCACCGGUAAUAGAUUGCAGUUACUUUAAACACAAUGCUGCUUGACAAAUUUAUGAUCAAACCAUGAAAAUAUCAACAUGACUAGAAUUCGUAAGAAAUUAUUCAUUGUAGCAAACAUAGCUGACAAGGGACAUAUCCAAUUCUCAACGUUUCAUGUACCUCAUUUUGACUGUCAACAAAUGUUAUGAUUGCCGACUGACUGGAAUCCUAUUAUGGUAUUUUGAUUUAGGGCUUUACACUUGAUCUAUUUGAGUCAUUACCAAACUGCAUCAAAAGUAUACAUAUGAUUAUGAGGCUAAGAAGAUUAUGUGCCUACUUUUUUCUACAUUUUUUAUUUACAGACAUGAAGCUGAGUUUUGACAUUUCAUUACUUUGUUUAAGCCAUUAAUCUGUUCUGAAAUGUGAACUGUUUUAAAAAGAACUUCAAAAAUCAUGUCGUUUUUAUCAAGGAAGUUUGUACCAUAUUUUAGUACCAUUUUGAAGAAUGCCAAUGACAUUGACAUUUUUAAUAAGUGUUACUACUUUCUUUCUACUCCCUACUUUUUUCAUUAGAGGAGUUUGAUUACAUAAUUUAUAAAUUGUCUUUUAUUGCUAAAUUAAAACUGAAAGAUGUACCAAAAGAAGUAAAGAGUGUGAAGGCAAAAGAGCUUUAUGAUACUUUGUCUUCAGAGAGAGGAUUUACAUCUGCACGCAAAAUUAGCUGCAGAUGUGGAUUUAGAAAGCAUGGCUCAAAAAGAUAUUAACAAAUGUAUAAGUCAUAGCAUGCAGAGAGUUAUGAAAGAGGUAACAUUUAUGCCAACCUAGUACCACAGAAUAGAGAUUACACAGAAGGCCAACUCUCGCAUUUUCUAUGGUCAUGCAUGCAGAGCUCUUAUUGUUUUGACCAAAUUUUUGAUUUAUGUAACUCUUUAUCAUUUAAGGAUACUAAAAUAUGCCGCAGGCCAUUGACAUCUUCAUCCCCACAUCUAGAACAAAUGAAGAAAGUGGCUAAUUUUAUUGCAUCCCUCAAAGUAAUUCAUGCUGAUACUGAUGAAGACCGUACAAAUGAUCUUAAAUGUCUGAAGGGUUGGUGUAGAACUCUGCAAGCAAUUCCUGAGCUUUGGAGUAGAAUAAACAGAGAUUUUGAUUCAACGUUCUUUGUAACAAGGCAGCUGAAUCAGGACCCUUUGGAGAAUUUCUGUGGUUCCAUUAGGCAACAGGGAGGGAAUUCUGAUAACCUGACACCAGUCCAGUUUAAGAGAGCAUAUAGGAAAUUGUUUCAUACCAACCUGCCCAGCGUUUCCUCAACAAACUGUGAAAUUGAUGAAAAUGUGCUAUUGACACAGUUAACAGACAUUCAAAACCUGCCUAAAAUGGCUCCAGUUGAAGUUGGACCACUCAAGAAAGUGACAUCUGAUUAUUCCAGUGAGCACAUUCAUAAAAUAAUAUUCAAAGACAACGCAAUGGCAUAUGUAGCAGGCUAUCUUUUAAGGAAAACAUUCCAAAAGCACAAGUGUCAAAAAUGUGCAAUUCUAGCAGAUGAAAGUGAAGACCUAGAAAAGAAAGUAUUUUUAAUGUUCAAAGCCUAUGACUCCGACACAAGUACAUAUUCUGGACUCAUUGUUCCAUCUGUUCAAAUGCUUCAGUUCCCCAAUAAAGUUGAAGAAAAAUUCAUCUCUUUUUUAAUGAUAUCAAGCAGACAACAGGUGUCGGAAAGGAGCUGCUAAGUAUAUUGGUAAAAGAGAAUUUAGAUAUACCAUGCACUGAUUUUGAUAAAGUAUUCCUCCUCAAGCUAUUUAUACGGAUGAGAAUACAUUACUUUUCAAUAUAUGUCAACAGGGAGCUGGUUGCAACAAAGAGGAAAAACAGAAAGUAUAUAAAAAUAGUUCAUUUGUAAUAGAUAUAACUAGCUCAAGAAUCAAGACAAUUGAAAGAGAAUUUACAAGUGCUAACUAAUACCCAAAGGAAGUUUGUAGAAUGUAGCAAAUAAGGAACACCGCAAUCCACCAAGAACAAACAACAAUAAACACACAUAAAUUAACUGUGUAUUUUUUUAGAUGCUUAUCAAGCAAUGUCAUUGUCCUUCCUCUGAUGUGAAAAAAAAUUUAUGAUUCUUAUGCCUGGAAAUUCAGAAAGCUCAAAAAGCACAAUCUCUCAAUACUGCAAAUGACAGGCUGACAUUUAUCAUGGAUAGGAUCAAUUUAUUCUCCUUACCCCUGUUGCCUAAUCACAGCAUUAAGUACAAAACUCGAAGUAGCAACUUAGAAUUAUCCUGUUCUAUACACCAAAAGUUUGUAAGCUCUGCCUAUACUGUGAUUAUAAUUGUAUUCCUUUGUUAAAAAACGUGGCUUUCUAAAAUUAGUACAAUCUGUGACAAAAUCAAAUUGGAUAUACCUAAAACCCUAAAACUGAGAUAGGUAGCAUCGUGUUUUUGAAUUGUGUCCUUAGAGAAGUGGAAGGAGGUUUUCAUUGGUCUAUGUAGAUGGAAGGAUUGGUGUGCUUGACUUGAAAACUAUGUCAAAUGGCCAGAGGUCAGCCAGCAAAGAUUCUCUUUGCUAUCUAAUUUUAAUUUUGAGAGCACCAAAGGAGAGCUUGGCAAAAAAUGACAAGCUUAUUUCCACGGACAACACCAAAUGGAUGUAGAAUAUUAAGGGGGCCGUUAAGUAUUGUUAGUAAUUAUUAUUCCUCAACCGCAUAGCUGUUAUGGAAUGCCAGGUAGUUCUUGACUGCAACAUCAAUGCCUUUGUAUGUUCCAGCAAACACUAUUGAUGUUUCCCCAGCUCCUGACUUUGUUGUGCAUUUUAUUUCUGAGUCACUGAUAACUACCAGACCCUGCUCAAUAAGACGGCGAUCUGCUGUUUGUCUGCUUUCAAAGGAAGCAGUUCCUGCUAUAUUGAGAGUUCUUUUUCUCACAAACUCUCCUAACAACUCACACACAUUUUUACACUCAAAACCUUUUCCUACAUCAAAAGAAUACUGGUCAAAACCCUUCCCUACAUAAAAGUAAUACUGGUGGUAACUGUUGCUUCUCUCUAGUUCCAUGAUCUUUUAAUCCCGCUUUUUCAACGACCUUUCUAGCUUGACACAUUUUGCUCCAGUUUGUCGACUUUGCUUUUGCAUUCACUCAAUUCUAGGAAUAAAGUUGAAUGGAAUUAGCUACAUCAAUAAUAAAAUGAUGGCAAUUAUGAUACUUAAUAUCGUUAUGAAUCUUUCUAUUAACUCUCUUUAUAUCUAUGGCGAUUCCUACAGCUCAAUCAUAAAAUAUGCAACUCUCCAUUGAUCAGCAAAAUUCUCUUUUGAUCAUCACCAACCUUAUCUCUAAACAUUCCAACCUUGCCAUUUUUACUACGUAAUUCAUGUUAUGUUUCAAAAAUAAACAAUAGAAAACCCAGAAUUACAUCAUUUUCAAAUUUUGUUGUUUCUUCUCAGUUUUCCUUUUUGCACUUACGAUUUUUAUGGUCUUACCUUGUAAACCAUGGCUAGCCAGUUGAAAACUACCCAUGUAACAGAGAGGUUUGUAACUGUAGUUUAGUUUAAUUUUAAUGAAAAGUAUUUAAGUGUAAAGUGCGAGGAUAGCUCAGUGGCUAGAGGCGCUAACUACAGACCCAGGGUCUGUGGUUCGAGUUACUGUCAUUGAUAAACAUUCACUCAGAGUGCAGAGAGUUGACAGCUCUCUGUAAUUCCAGGCGUUGAAAUCAGGAGGUGUGGUCACAUUGAGAGGAAGGACCAGGACAUCGUUUGAUAAGCACAAGCAUAACCAAAUGCAUUAUUCUAAUAGAAAUAGUAUUAAUGGAAGUAAUAGUGAAAUGAUGAUAAUAUUAGUGGAAACAGGGAAGUACAAUAUAACAGCUGUUGCCAUUUUUUCGGUGUAAUUGGAACAUCUAAAAGUAACUCAAAUGGUUACUUGAUAAAAAAUGAAGUGAAAGUAUUGGUUUAGAAAAUUUCAAUCUUUGACUCAGAAUUUUACGGGAUUAAUGGAUCAAUUAACCUAAAUAUGAUCAACAGAUUGGAAGAGGUACGGGUGACCAGCAGCACAACCAGCAGCAUUGCCAAUAAAAACACAAUCCAUGACAAUCCAGCAGAAGGUCCUCCAGCCAAAAAAAAAAUUGCUUACAGGUUGACUGCCUCUCCAAGGAAGUUGAAAAAGGAGCUGGACAAGGCUAAAGAUAAAAUUGCGCACUUGAGAGUAAGCCUAAAGACGUAACAACAGAAGACUUGCUGCCUAAAAUUCAAAGCAAGGUCUUUGAAAACAGUUGUCCUGCAUUUGAAGAAGAAAGAACUCAUUCUUCAAGCUGUGAGCAGAUGCUAACUCAGAGAUUUUCUGGUGUUCCAGUGGCAAUGAUGAAGAGGAUGACAUCUGGAAGCCCCUCCGAGAAGGGUGUCAAGUACUCUCCUGAAACAAAGUCCUUUGCUCUGACUCUGCAAUUCUUUUCUUCUAAAGCCUAGGAAUUUGUGCGAAGAACAUUUAAGCUUGCUUUACCACAUCAGGUCUCAAUAAGACGAUGGUAGGGAAGAAUACCUGCUGAUCCAGGGUUUAGUAAACCUGCAUUUGAAGCCCUUCGACUCAAAGCAGAGGAAGCUAAAAAAGGAGGAACACAGGUGGCAUACUCCCUGAUGCUAGAUGGGAUGGCUAUACGCAAACACAUUGCCUGGGAUUGCACCAGUUUCUGUGGCUUGUUGACCUGGGAAAUGGUGCCAAUGAUGAUGAUUUAGCUCCAGUAACUAAGGAUGCACCUGUUUUCAUGGUUGUCCACGUGAAUGGGUCAUGGAAGGUUUGUGGCUAGUUCUUGAUUGACGGUCUGCAAGGAAAUGAGCUUCCCAACCUUGUAAAGCUUUGCAUCCAACAACUGUCUGAUACUGGUGUUGCAGUCGUUUCUUUAACUUGUGAUGGCCAAUCAUGUCACUUCACAAUGAUGUCCGAGUUAGGUGCAUGUUUGAACCAGCAGUCAUCGCAGCCUACUUUUUCAGAUCCCAGUGGCAGUGACAGAAAUAUCAAUGUGAUCUCAGAUGUUUUCCUUAUGCUCAAACUAAUAAGAAAUAUUCUUACAGAAAAAGGAAGACAAAGAUAGCAAGAAAAUCCUUUGGCAAUAUGUUGCUGAAUUGCAGAAGCUCCAGGAAAAGGAAGGAUUAGGAAGAAACAAGUUGAAAUUGGCACACAUCAAAUGGUAUCAGCAGAAAAUGAAAGUCAAUCUGGCAGCACAAACUUUCAGUAUUGCCCAUUUGUGCUGAAACUUAAGCAGCUUCGAGGUUCUGAAGCCAAAGUGAAGUUUAUUUGGAUCAUUGACCAUCUUUUUGAUGUUCUCAACUCCAGAAAUCCAUGGGCAAGGGUCUGCAAUACAUGUAACAAACAAAAUGACAUGGGAACCCUCCCUCGAUGAUGUAUAUUCAUAUAUAUCUGCAUUGACAGAUCCCACUAGUAAACCAAUGUAUUGCACUCAAAGAAAAACUGGGUUCAUUGGGUUUCUGGUUGCCAUAAGGAGCAUCAAAGCACUUUCCAAUGAUCUCGUUGAACAAGCAGAAGCUUUCUUGAAGUAUUUUCUGACAUACAAGUUGAGCCAAUACCACUUGGAACUGUUCUUUGAAGCUAUUAGAUCUUCUGAAGGCUUCAACAAUAACCCAACAUCACAACAAUUCAUAGUCGCCUACAAAAGGUUAUUGCGACGAAGCAGCAUCCAAGGUGGGCGAGGGAAAUGCCAGAAGCAAGAGGAAGUUGCCAUUCUCCAUGUCAUUGGCGAUUCCUGUUAAGUCAAUGCUGGAAAAGUUACCCUCACCGAAGCAUCAUUGAUCAGGAAAUAUGAUUUACAAUUGAGGCAUCAAUUAAUUGUUUCAAAGCACGAUUACACUGAUGCACCAAACUUUGCCCACCUGUCAGAGUUCAAGAUGUCUGCCAUUUCAUACAUUGCUGGGUACGUUGCAACAAUGGCUGAUAAAAAGAUAAUGUGUCUUGUUGGCAGCAACGCAACGGGAAGCACAAAGCAUGCGAGUUUAACAGCAAGCUUUCUGAAUCUCAAAGAUAGGGGAAAGCCAACAUCAAGCGUUAUUGUGGUUUGCAAUGAGAGGGAAAGAUGCUUUCAACGAAUGCUAGCAACCACAUGUGGCAAGCUUCCAUAAGGUAAAGGCUUUCCAGAUGCAGUCGCUUCGAGUGUUUUGGCAGGUAUCAAUCUACCUAGAGUAUUCAGAGAACUUGGAGACCAUAUUAGUCCAGAGGGUCAAGGAGAAGCAUUACUACCCGACGAGGGAUUUUACCAGACCAACUUUAUCUAGACCAGAUGCUGUGAAUGAUGUAAGAGGGAAGCUUUAUCGAAGAAUAUUUGCAAGAGACAAUAAAACUGCAGACCCAUCUGCACGCCUCCAGGCAGUCUAAGCUUUAGGAAGCACAUCUAGUGCUCAAACUUCAUUGCAAGCCUUUGGAGACCAGAUGGAAGAGCCAUAGCCAAAAAUAAAAAAGGACUAUUGCAUCAAUUGGAUGUUAAGAAUGUCUAGAUCAGCCAUUCUUAAACUACAACCUGCAGCAAAAUUUCAUCCGGCCCGCUGAAUGCUUUUUACCUGGAAAACUUUUUUAGGCAACAUUUUCAAAAUUUUAAACUCAAUUUAUCUUUGGUUUUCUUUUUUCCCUUCUGAUAUUUUUUUCUCUGUAGUAAACUUCAAAUGCGUUUCAUGGACAGUUAUUAGUCCAUAGCGUUUCCUUUUUCUAAUCAACAGAUAAAACUAUGGAGCCUAGUUAUGAAAACGCUGUGCAGUCUCUCGAUGUGACUUCAGGCGCUUCAAACCAACCCAACAAGAAACUAAUGAAGAUUAACGUCCUAGCUUAAAAAUAGCAUAGAACGAUGUUCUUAGCCUGGUACAAGAAACAUUAAGUUACUAAUCUUUGUGAAAAAUAUUUUUUGGGUUUAUGGGAAGGUAGCUAAGAUAGGCAGGCACAAUAUAAAAGGCAUGUCUAUCUUAUCACUAACUUAGCCUGGUAAAAAUGAGAUCUGAGUUUCAUUUUGAGCAGCCUACACAAUGUAUGUAAAAGUUUUUAACCAACUGGCCCCUGAAGAAAAUCUAUAUGUUAUUCUGGCCCAGCAACUAAAAUCAAUUUAUUUAUUUAUCUUAUCUAUUUAUAGAACAAUCAGUGGCUUUAUCCCAGGUUUUGGACAUAGUCCCCUGUAUAUCGGAAAAGCAUCAUUUUCCGCCAAAUCAACAUCGAUUUUUGAAUUCUACACCAAAAACUGGUUUAGAAAAAGUUCAUGUACAAGGUAUAGCAUAGUGGAAUGCAGUAUACUACCUGCAGUAUAUUACCUGGUAGAAUAUAACAUCUUAUGACAGCCUGUUGAAAAAGGAUUAAUAAAAUCUUUCAGAACUUAAAGAUUGCCCAAAAGAAGAAAAAAAUAAAAAGGCACAAGAACUUUACAAGAUGCUAAAAGAGAAGGAUAAGAAAAAAACUGGAGACGGAGGCAGAACAUGUCAACUUGACAAACAUGAAAGACAUGUCUUUAGAUGACAUAGAAAAGUCAGUGAACAGCUCAAAGAAGAGGAUUCUAAAAGAAGUUUAUUUUUCGUAUAUCAGCUUAUACUCAAUUCUAUGUUUUCUCAAUUAUCAGCUUAUACUUUCAAUAUUCAAAAUGAUAUAAAUGUUGGUGUGGAACAGACAGUAACAUACAGAACCCAGAGUAAACAAAAACUAAAGAAAGCUGAAAAUUACUCUUAUGUUUGAAAUGAACACCUAAACCUCUCCCUUUGGGUUAUUGUUUUUCUGAAAAAAAUACACCAUGACAUCCUUAUUGCCACAAUUAUAUUUUUAAAUCUUGUGUACUAAAAGCAUGUACAUGUUUAUAAAGAGCUGAAUAUUUUUAUUCAAAGAGAGCAUGGGAAAGCAAAAAACCUUUCAAAACUGGCCCUCACUGGAAUUGCGGGCUAUGCUGGCACAAACCCUGAAAGAAAAUUUGGAAGAGCCUUUUUCACUUGCACUGUUUUUCUCACUUCCCUACUUACUGCAGAGGUACUGAGCACUGAAAAUGAGCACAUGUAGCAGCUUAACCCAUAUCCCUCAUGAUUCUGUUUGUUUGUACAUUACCAGUGUUCUAUAUUCUUAAUGGUUAAUUGUCAUUUCUAUAUGUUUUUUAAAAAAAAUUUGCCCCCCCCCCCUGAUUUCAAAAUCUUAUUUACCCGCAUGAUUAAUGUAUAUUGAUCUGUUGAAUUCCUAAAUUUGUAACUGUAUUUUUUAUGUUAAACACUGGUAACUGCCUUGCUUGGCUCUGCUUUUUGUUGUAAUUUUAGGAUUUUUCUUCUUUUGUAACAAUACAUAGAUAGAACAUAGACAGCUUUUUCGCAUUCCCAAGCAAAUUAAAACACUAGUUUGAUCAUAAAGAGGGUGAUGGCAUCUAAAGAUAUAAAAACAUUGCUUCAUGCCCCGGAUAUGUUUUGUCAGCCCACAAGACCUAUCAUAAAGAUAAAUUGCUAAAAUGCAUGAUGUUGAAAAAGAAGAAGCUUUAAAGGUUGUUAGAUACAAUACAGAACUAAUGGCAAGUUCACCAAAAUUUGAUUAUUUUAUGGAAAUUCAACUUCUCUAUCAUCUGGUACCGUGUUUGUUUGUAGGUAUAGCUGCAGGUGUGCCUCGAGGGUAACUUACAAAAAUUUCAAGAAGGCUUUUGAUGUUGAAGGAUGGCCAUAGUUUAUUCCUUACAAGUCUCCUGCAAGAAUAGGCCAAAAACAGCUUGAAAUCUUGAUGGGAUGUAAGGAGGGUAUCAAGUUUUUAAUAAAAAGGGAUUUGGAAAGCAAACCAGCUAUUCCCCCAGCAGCGUCACUACAAGUUAUAAACUGCACUGUAAGAAAUUAUAAUGGAGAGGAAGAACCAGAGAAGAAGGAGGCGAAAAGGGAAAAAAUUUUCUUUUGUGAAAAAAGAUAUCAUUGAACCGGUUUAUGCCAACAAAGAUAUCUGCGAAGAUGAUGAUGAUGAAAAAGAUUACCAGUUUGGCUUUUCCAGUGCAAUGGAAAAGUAAAGACUGACGAAACAUCUCAGGUAGAUGGUUGAUUCAGUCUGAAGAGGAUCGUACCUUUCUAAUGCUUCCCCAGAUUCAUUCAAUCUUUGAAACAAGCAUAGUUGUUGACAACAACAAGGGCGCUGUACUGGAUUUGAAUGACUUGAAUAAAUAAAAGAUGAAUUUUCAAGCUGAAAUUGACUACCCUUAAACAUCUUCAACAAAUUUCUUCUAAAUUGUAUGCCCUGUCGGCAAGGACUUUUAGUUACGUCUUGUUCUAGUGUUUGGUUUAUUUUAAUUUAUUUCCAUUGAGUUUUUCUAUGGUAACAUCCAAUAACAAAUGGUACGAAUGUUGUUUUCUAUAUUAAGCUUAUCUUUGCUUGUCAUUGUUUGUAAAAGGAAAGAAAGUUCAAAGCGCAUUAAAUUUAAUUUCCUUCUUAAUACGAUUAGGCUUGUCCUUAGUGACAGUUAUGGAAAAUAAUUUAAAAGAUUUAAUUUAAUAGCAAUGUCAUACGAAAUAUAUUUUCCAAAAACUGUUAACAAUAAUGUGAUGCACACACAACAUUUUAGGUGAGAUGUAAAACGCAAAAGAGGUAAAUUUUUCACCCUCUUUUUUUUUAUAAAGAAGACAUUUUUACACUGAAACUUAUUCAGCAUUGAUCCAUUUUAGGCGUAUUUUAUGAAAAUAUUUACUUGAUGUAUUUGAUAAAUUUCCUGUUUUGUGAUUAUUCCUGUUAUUUUGCAGUAGCUUUGAAAUUUAAUUACUCAAUUUGCUUGCUUGACAGCCAAUUCAAAAAGCGCAAAUAGUUUUUAUAUCUCUUUGUAUAAUGACCUGCAUUUAUCGUCGAAAAAAGGGAAAAGUUGUUAUUCUCAUAUUUUUCAUCUGGCCAGCCAGUUAGAAAACUGUGCAAAGAACCAUGUAAAUAAUGCUUUGAAAGGUCAAGUGAUUAGCUGUUCUCCGGUCACUUAGGUCUCAGUUCUGGUCAUAUAGCAGCUUGACGCAAUGAAACAGUCCAACAGCGUCCUAACAAAGUUGUUUAAAAUCUUUGAAUAUUUCAUUUCCUCCCCCAGGGGCAGCCACUCUACUUUUUAAGGCCGAUUUUCUACUUAUUACAAAACUGGAUUAAAAACAUGAGGGAGAAGGGAGUUUUUCAGGUCGAUUUGGAUUCAAUGACAUAUUCUGCCAGUGCACAAGUUGCUCAAAUAAAAUCCAAUGGCUGCACACUGUUUUCAAUGAUAAAGUCUGGAUUUUGGCC